GUGCCACUUUCAGGUCUCCUCACACUGCUGGUGUGUUCCAUUUUUUGUCAUAGGGUGCUGGCAGAUUACGGGCCUCCCAUUGCUGCUGCCAGGCCCGUAAUCUGCCAUGGGCCCCUGUACCUCCUCCUCAUGCUGCUGCCAGGUCCAGAGUGUCUCAUGGGUCCCUGUACGGCCUCCCAUUGCUGCUGUCUCCAUCGCCACACUCUGCCAUGUGCCACUUUCAGGUCUCCUCACACUGCUGGUGGGUUCCAUUUUGUCAUAGGGUGCUGUAUGGCCUCCCAUUGCUGCUGCCUCCACCGCCACACUGUGGCUUCACACUCUGGUUUUGGCCCCGUGACUGCCCAAAUGAGUGAAGUGUGCGGUGAUUCUAAGAUCGACGGCACUCAUCUGCAUGUCAUACUG